CAACAAACAACCAUACACUGGUUGAUUUCUUCAUUGAAAUAAAAGUGUAAUUGUAGCUAUGGAUGAGGCAGUUCUAUCUGAACGUGCACAUAGCUGGAGAAAUGCAAAGGAUAAAAGGAAAGCUUGGGCAAGAAGCAGAGACUCUUGGCAAAUCUCUGAGACAGAAAAUGGGUGUGUUGCAGAGUCUACUGUGCUAUCAGAAGAAAACAGACCAGCAGAUCUGGCACUGUCUGGACCAUCAUCUGAAGAAAAUGGUAUAUCAAAUAAGAAGAUUGAAAUUUGGCUUCAAGAUUGUGGACCACCAUUAGGAGCAUCUUUGGAAGAAUCAAACCAGCUGCCCUUGAAAGGCGCAGGUACAAAGAACGGAUGUAGUUUUGAGGAUGACCUGUCCCUUGGUGCAGAAGCAAAACAUCUUCACACUCUCAGUGACUCGAUGUCGGCAGCAAGCCAUGGGACAUCAGCCAAGGAAAAACGGAAGCAGUUUUAUCAAAUGGGAAACAGUAUGAAUUCUACUGGCUCUGGCAAAAGCAACACAACCGUAUCUAG